ACCAGUUCCUCUUCCCCUGAGUCUCUGGGUGCGGAUCCUGAGGAGCGCCCGGGACCAGAGCGAAUCCGCAGAGGGUGCUGACCGCUUGGGCCCUCUCGUGCAGGUCAGCCACCACGCAGCCGUCCCGCGCCAGAGCCUUCCAGCACCGCCGAGGCAAAAGCGUGGCGGUGGGACCACAAAGGUUGCUUGGAUGGGGGGCGCCCUGGUGUGGAUGCUGUUGUUGCUGCUGCUGCUGCAGGAUCCCGGCAGCCAAGGAUUGUCAUGCAACGUGUCCUCGUGGGACGUGGACUGGACCACAGAGUUCACAGCCACAUGCCUGAAUUUCAGCGGCCAAGGCCUGAGCCUGCCCCGGAACCAGUCUCUGCAGGCCAGGAACGUGAUCCUUCUUGACCUGUCUGGGAAUGGUCUUCAAGAGCUACCACUGCCCUUCUUUGCCCUCCUGGGAAAGCUGGAGGUCCUAGAUGUGACAAACAACCCACUGGACCGAGUGGACAGGGCACUGGCCAUGCGCUGUAAACUUGACCUGAAGGCUGACUGCAGCUGUGUCCUAGAAUCCUGGCACCAGGUCAGACGGGACAACUGCUCUGGCCAGCUGCCUCUGCUGUGCCUGGACACAGCUACUGGUGCCUGGCACAAUAUCUCUACCUUCCUGGAGGUUGGCUGCCCCCCUGGCCUGUCCUUGAUGACCAUCGGGGCACUGGUGGCUGGUUGUAGCCUGCUCCUUGGGCUCACCAUUGCUGGCCUGGUGCUGGCCUGGAGACUUCGGGGACUCUGGAUGGUCAGCAGCCACGACCUGGACAAAACAUGGGCUGCUCAGGAUGGUUCCAGGUCUGGCUUGGGCAAGCAGCCGAGGUACAGUAGCCGAGGCCUCAGCCCUAAGCCCCCAGAGGCUGUCCUGCCCAGACCCUCCACACCCGACUAUGAGAAUGUGUUCGUGGGCCAGCCAGCUACCAGGCACCAGUGGGCCGAACAGGGGUGAGUGACUCACAUCUGCCUGCCACACUCUGGAGGCAGACGGCCGGGAUUCAAAUCCCCGCACUGCCUCUUGUAGGCUGUGUGAUCUUGGGCAAGUAGUUUCACCUCAGGGCCUCAGUUUUCUCAUCUGUAAAAUGGGGAUAAUAACAGCCCCCACCUCAUGGAGUUGGGACAAGAAUUGAGUUCCUGUAUCUGAGGCACGUUUCCCCCUUCGUGACCUGCAAACCCAGUUUCUGGCUAUCAAGGAUGGGGAGAGAGGAAGCGCGUGCUGAGGCAGAGUAGGGGCUUUGCAGUAGCAGUCAGUGGCCUGGGCUCAGUUCCUGUGUGACCCAAGGGCUGUCUCUGAACCUCUGUUUCAGUCUCUGUAAAAUGGGGACAGCUCCCCUUUCCCCAUCUGCCUUUGGCACAUGAGAUGCUAAGAAAGCUGUGUCCCUCUCCCCCCCCCCCCCAAAGCCCUGUCACCUUCAGAUUUGGCUGGACUUAGAUGGGUUCAACUUUUCCAGGUUGGCUGAGGGAAUGAGGGAAUUUCGGGCAGCAGCACCAGCAGGGGCAAAGACCUGGAGGUGGAAGAGAAUAGAGAAUCUUCCGUGAAUCGGUUUUGCGAAAAGCAAGACAUCAGAGCGGAGGCUGGAGGGGGCUGGGAGAACCCCAGCAGGAGUGGAACAGGAUCAUGGAUGGGUUUGGGCAAGGGAAUCCACAAAGUGGGGAGGCUGCUGGGAAGCUGCUGGUGAGAAAUGAGAGAACAUGCAAAGCAGAUGCAAAUUUGGCUCAAAAGCAGAAGUGGUCUGUGGUGGGGAGCUGAAAGGCACUGGACUCCAUAAGGCAGCUCAUGUUCUGAUGCUCGCCUCUGCCUCACUGUCAGCAAAAUCUCAGGGCCAGUCUCCGCCAAAAACAUUGUGAUGCAAUCCAAAUGAUAUUGGAUGUGUCAUUCCCACCCUACGUUUUAGUUGUACAGGCGGAGGCUCGGGGAGACAGGGGGAUGACUUGCCCAAGGUCACACAGUGAGUCCAAAGCAGGGGCAGGAAACAAAUCCUGGCUCUGAGUCCUGUCUAUCCCACAUAAGCAUUUAUGUAUUUUGAGGGAUUCAUUCUUUUUUUUUUUUUUAAGCUUAUUUAUUUGUUUUGAAAGAGAGAGAGCAAGCAGGGUAGAGGCAGAGAGAGAGAGAGGAGAGAGAGAAUGCCAAGCAGGAUCAACCCUGACAGCCCAGAGUCCAAUGCAGGGCUUGAACCCACGAACCAUGAGAUCAUGAUCUGAGCCGAAACUGAGAGUUGGAUGCUUAACUGACUGAGCCACCCCAGCGCCCCUGGAGUGAUUCAUUGUAAAGCAUGAAUGACUGAUAGACACAACUUGCCCAAAAUAGCCUUUGUUACAAGACGUAACAAGGAAGUAUCCCCCAGGGGCAUCUGGGCGGCUCAGUUGGUUGAGCUUCAGACUUCGCCUCAGGUCAUCAUCUCAUGGUUUAUGAGUUCGAGUCCCGCAUUGAGCUCUGUGCUGACAGCUGGGAGCCUGGAGCCUGCUUCGGAUUCUAUGUCUCCCUCUCUCUCUCUGCACCUCCCCCGCCUGUAUGCAUGCACACACACUCUCUCUCCCUCUCUCAAAAAUAAAUAAACGUUAAAAAAAAAGAGGUGCCCCCCCCCAACCUGGGGAAGGGUUCCAGA